GGGCUGUGUGUACAUUUAGGAUUUUAACAGGUUAGCUUUGCGCCUGUGCACUUUAAAUCAUGUUUAUGUCGUGUUAUAAACUAACUUAGGAUUUAUCACAGUCCUUCAGUGUGGCUGUGGAUUAAUUUUAUGAGAAUAUACGUGACUCGGUAUGCGGGUACGUCGCAUUUAUGACUUUAACGCGAUCAGCAGUAGCUGCUGGAGAAGAGCGAGUGGCGGCUAACGUAAUUUAUGCGGAAUGCGCAUCCAUUGCGGAUGUGGUGCAGAAUAAAUGCGCAUUGCUGCGACACAGGUAAUGUUGGCCUUCAUAUUUACGCUUUUCGCGUAUUUAAACAUUCCGUUCAAUGUGCAUUUAACUAUAUUAUCCAUACCUUCUUUAUUUUUAAUUUCUCCACUGUAGCCUCGGGGUUUCCUCGUCAUUUCAAGAUUAGCGGAAUAGCUUUCGGAUUUCUUCAUGUUAUGAAUGAUUCAUAUACAUAAUGUCAGAAUAUCAGAAGAACAUCAACGAGUUUCGCUUUUGGAUGAAAGCCACAGGUUUUUGUUUUCCUGUUCUGUUAAGAUGCACAACAAACACGUCGCAUUUUUUUCGCUGAAUUCAUCUGAAUUGCCUCAUAAAAUGACACGCUAACUUACUGCUGUUCUCCAGUGAGUGUGUGUUUUCUGUGGCUGUGUGUUACUGUCCAUGUUAGUCAUUACAAUGAGGCGAUGAAUGCUAUGCCAUGGAACAGCAUGGUGGCUUUUCACCCUUCUUGUGAAUGGCACGCUGUCCAGCCGUCACGUCGGUGUGUCUGUAAAGCACUACAUAUCCAUGACUGAGUACUACGAGGAGGGGGGCUUGCUGUACGAGCACUCACCUCCCAUGCACAUCAAAGUGGAGUCUCCAGAGGGUCCCUUUGGAGGCGGGGUGUCCGAGGACGGUUUUCCCAGGGAAGAUGACGACUCUGAGGCCAGCUGUGAUCAUCAGAACGGCGGGUUGCCAAGCAGCCUGCCCUUUAAUGUUGUGGUCGUGCACCCCAACAUAGUCGCUCCUGGCAUGUCUUCGGAUGAUCUCAUCCCAAUUGACCAAAGCAGAGGUGUGUCUUCAGCAUUAGCAGCAGGAGGUGUAGGGAAACGGAAGAGCCGCUUUAGUGGGGCAGAGCUGGAGGUGUUGGUGUCAGAAGUGACCCGUUGUGAAGGGGAGCUGUUUGGUCCAGCUGGGAGGCUCCGGCGCCGAGAACGAGAGCGCAUUUGGGCCGGGAUACUUGAGCGUGUCAAUGCUGUGUCCAGAGUACCACGGACACUAAGAGAAGUGAAGAAACGCUGGGAUGACCUGAAGAGACGUAACGGCGGGAGACUGGCUGAUGCGAGGCACCGCUCCUGCUACCUGCCGUCCAGCAGAGGGGCCACAAUUAUGGGAAGACCAACUCCUACUAGUCCCAGACUGCAGCAGUCUCGCCAAAAGCAGAGUACCAGAGGAAAAGCCAGUUACAGUUGCUCGUCAGACACUGAUCCAGUUGUGGUUGGCGAUGGUUCUGAAAGAGACGGUUUUGAAAAGGAGGAAGAAGCAGGCGAGCCGGAGUGUGACGAUGGAGAUGACUGUGAGGGUGUGGAGAACAGUAUGGAGGACAAACUGGGAUUGGGCCUGGGUUUGGGAAUAGUACCACCUCCCACAUCAGAGCGCUGGUUACCUCCUUCACCUCUUUACAGUGCUCCCUUCCUCAACGGAACCCCUCAGCCAAGCCCAGAACCAUCCUUAGGGACCCACCAGGGCCCACUGGAGCCUCCUCCUCCACGCUCCUCCUGGCUGGAAGAUGAACUGCGCGGACUGGGAGAAGCAGCCAUGCAGCUUGGCGACCGCAUGGAACAAAACCUGCGAGAGUUUGGAGAAGGCUUCAGGCGAGAUAUGCGGACGCUUGUGGCUUCCCAAGAGGCCCUUACAAAUAGCUUGCAGCAGAAUAAUGUACUUUUGCAGCGUCUGUUGGGUCUGCUUGAGAUGCAGCAUCAGCCGCCCCCUCAACAAAUUCCACAACAACAAUUGCAGCAACCUGCAGUUCAGCAGCAACAGGACCCUCCACAAGAGCAGCCUUAUCAACAACUGUUAUUGGCACAGGACCAUCCGCAGCUCGAGCAGCAAAUCCCAGCAACUGUCCCACCUCUUCCACCUCCUCCAGAUAUUUUAGAUGGUACUCGGCACUCAGAACCACCGACUGAGAUGAACGGAGUAACUGAACAGCCACGUCACGAGCUCAGGCGAAGACGCAGACGUUGACAUGCGAAUAGAACUGUACUGUGCGGUUGCAGUCAAUUUAUUUAUUUAAAGCAAUGUUUUAUAAGGAUAAUUAGUUGCAGAUUGUGCCAUGUCAUUGCCGCCACUUUUUAUGUUAUGCCUGUCGCAGAUAUAUUAUAAGUGUAUAAGAUGUACACCAAAUAGCUCAAAGCUAUUUCUCGAUCUAAAUUGACUUCUAAGCUCUUGUUGCUGAUAGCAAACUACUAAGGUUUUAUAGACCUGCUUGCUUGCGUUCAUGUAUAAAAACUGCAAGUUUAAAAAAAAUAUGAUCUUGGCAGGCUUAAAUACUCUUCAAUGUUGAUGCUGUUGAGAGUGAGACGUCACUUUUAUUCUUUCACAUGAUCACUGCAAAAUGACAUUUUACUUUUCUACUAUCGCAGUUUAAGGAAAUACAUCCAAAUGCUGUUGUAAGGGACGUUAUAAUACAUAGAACUUGGCAAGUUUCGUGAAAAUAAAUGCAGUUAUCAGAAAUACUGACUAAUGUAUAGAUCUAAGGUUGCCCAGUCAUUCUGCAUGCAACGCAAGAUAGUUACGCUCAAAUAUACUAUUUUGAAAACUUUUCACCGUGUUAACAAAAAUCACUUGUACUUGGAAAAAAUGUCUGCCUAUGAACAAGUUUUAAUAAAAGCAAUCUAUACAUUUAUAAA